AUGUCAAUGACCCUCGAAGAAGCUCAGGCUCCUCGCCAGCCCAAGCCCGUCCCCUCAGGUCCAGACAAUGUCCUCGAGCAGUUCAACCUCAAAGACCGCGUUGUCGUCGUCACAGGUGCCGCUGAAGGUAUUGGCGGCGCCGUCGUAGAUGCAAUGGCCGAAGCAGGCGCCAAUGUAGCACUCUGGUACCGAUCCAACGACAAGGCCAUCGCAAAAGCCGAAGAGCUAGCAAAGAAGCAUGGAAACAAAUUUAAGGCAUAUCAGAUUGAGAUCUCAGACCCGGACAAGGUGAAAGAGUUGGUUGCCAAGGUCGUUGAAGACUUUGGAAGACUGGAUGUCAUGGUUGCAAAUGCUGGUAUGGCCAUCUCGAAGCCCAUCUUGGAGACCAGUGUCGAAGAGUACAAGAAGCAGUUUGCUGUCAACGUCGAUGGUGUCUUCUACUGUGCCAAAUAUGCUGGCGAACAGUUCAAGAAGCAGGGCAAAGGCAACCUGAUCAUCACAUCGAGUAUCUCAGCACAUAUCGUCAACGUUCCUGUUGACCAGCCCGUCUACAAUUCCACAAAGGCAGCCAUCACUCACCUGGGCAAAUCGCUAGCUAGAGAGUGGCGCGAGUUUGCUCGCGUAAAUAUCGUCUCACCUGGCUUCUUCAAUACCAAGAUGGGUGCUGGAGAAAGUGUCAUCAACGAGGCAUAUCGCAUGACUCCAAUGGGCAGACAGGGUGAUGUUCGCGAGAUUAAGGCUCUCUACCUAUACCUUGCCAGUGACGCUAGCAGCUACCAAACCGGUAGUGACACUGUCAUUGAUGGAGGCUACAUCUUACCUUGA